AUGAAAGAAGACACCAGCAAAAGCAACAAGGUAGAAGAGGAGGGACAGAAAUAUGUCAAGUACAGAGGAGUAAGAAGAAGGCCAUGGGGAAAGUUUGCUGCAGAAAUACGUGAUUCGACAAAGCAGGGAGUUCGGUUGUGGCUUGGGACUUUUAAUACUGCAACAGAAGCUGCAAGGGCAUAUGACAAAGCCGCUUUCUCUAUGAGAGGUCCUCUUGCAAUUCUCAAUUUCCGUAGUGAGCAUGGUUUUGUAGAUGCUGAUUCCGCUGCUGCUACUUCCUCAUGCUUCACAGCAUCAUCUUCCACAUUGCAUAACACGGUCAUGAGAACAGAACCCGGAAAAGAAGUUAUCGUGUUUGAGUAUCUAGAUGACAAGGUUUUAGAAGAACUUCUUGAUUUUGAAAACUAAAGCAAGAGAGUGAAACUUGGUGUGUAUUAGUUUGAAACAACUCGUAAUCUUGCUUAGGGAAGACAAAAUCCAGUUCCCAUUAGAUUAAUAGUCAAUUCCAAAUGUACUGCUUGAUUCUGUCUAUUGCAUGUGUUCUAUUGUCGUGGGAUUUGAGUCAUUCAUGUGAAUUUGC